AGUUAUUAAAUUUAUAGGUUGGUAACAGCGUACUUGUCCCGCUAGUCAUUUGUUUACAUCCUCCGGGUGCUCACUCAUGCUUCAGAGUUGUCCGAGGUCGUUGACAGAUUUGUUUUGAGUGUUUCGUAAUUUUUCAAGUUAUUAGUGAAUUCAUUGAGAGAUACAGUGGGAAAUAUAAAUGGCCGAUAGUGAUUGGAAAAAGAGAGUUGGUAUAGAAAUAAAUUUUAGUCCUGAAAGUUCUGACGAUGAAAGAGGUUCUGUCAAGUCAGAAUGCGAAGCGGACGGGAGUAUGGAUCGCCUGUCCCCGCGGUUUUUGGACAGUGCUGAGGGAAGUUUGGAAGGAAUGCCUCUUACUGAAGAGGAUUACUUGAAUUUAAUGACAGAUGCAUACGGAACAACUCCACCACGCGCUCGCAUCCGCCGCAAAGAGCGCCGGCAUCGUGAAAAAGAAGAGCAAAGUGGUGUCAAAAAGUCCCCAAAAGUUUUUUACACAAUGAGAACAAGAAGACGAAAUACACUUGAUAGUAUUUACUUGGAUGGUUUAAUGGAAAAAUGUGAAACCAAUGAAACUUCACACUAUGAAGAAGAUCAGUAUCUCACCGAGUCUAAUAAGCGAACAAAAAGAUCUAUGAAAUUACUUAGAGAGUCUGAAAGAGAUAUGAAACUUGAACAGGUGGGAGUUCGACAUAAUUCACAAGCUCCUACAGAGAAUGAAGAAGAAGAAGAGAAGACAGAAAGUUUACCUGCUACACAUCCACAACAUGGCAUCAAGGUGGAAUCAUGCAACCGUUUCAUGAGCUUGACUUCAAAACCAGUAGAAUGCCAAAAAAAGAUACUGCAGCGGAAAAAACUAGUUGCAGGUCAAGAAAAUAGGUUAGAAUUGUUCAAUAAAAUAGCUCAUAUAAUUCGAACUGGUGCUGGAGAAAAGCAGUCUGACAAACUUCCUUGGAGGCAGCUCAGCCAAGAGGAGCAUUUAUGGCAGAAUGAGUUAAAGGAUUUAAUCUGGCUAGAACUGCAAGCAUGGCAUGCUGAUCGCACAUUGACUGAGCAAGAUGAAUAUUUGUGCAAGGCUCGAGAAAAAGUUGGAACUCUUCUUGAUGAUAUUAUGAAUUACAAGUUUCAAUCCCACACCCCCUUAUGCCCGCCUCAGCAGUUAUCAGCUCAGAGCAGCGACAGUGGCUUUGAAGGCCACGAGGAAUGUAUGAUGGGGGAUGUUGGAGAGUGCUGUCCACAAACCGGCUGUCUCUCAAUUUACUGCCACAGUUGUGUAGAAAACCAAAUGUUAGCUUUGAAGGAUGUGGAACAGUUAUUGAGUAGAUUGGAAAAGGCAGAGAGUUUAUAUCCAUCAAGCAAAGCAUUUGCUUUACAUUUUCCCCUUUACAAAUCACCCAAUUUCAUUGGUCGUGUGAAGGCAAUGUGCCUAUGGUACAACAUGACCAAACAUCAUCGAUUGAAACUUCUAAUUUUAGGGAAACAUUUUACAUUUCUACAUUCAAAAAAUUACAACUGGCCCGCAUUAGGCGAAGAAGAUUCUGGAGUUGCCACUGACACAUCUGCAGGCGAUGUCUCUCCUCGUUUGUCUCGGAAUGAUUCUAUGUUAAAAGGAAAGUCCUAUUCUAAGAACAGAAAACGUGCAGUUCAGUUUGAUACAGGUAGCACAACUAGCAGUCCAUCAGAUUCUAACAAUUCAAACGCUUCACAUGUGUCUGAUGGAGUUGAUGUCGCUGAUUGUUUGGCCAAUUGUUUUGAUUCUCGACCUGUUUCGACUACAGCACCCACAUGUUGUUUCUCCAAGAGUGAUGUAUCAUGUGUAAAUCCAUUCCGGAAAUAUAUAGAAGAAGUUCUUAAGACCAAAGGAUUAAGAAAAUCUUUGUAUUUUUUGGAAAAACUUCAUAAUCACAUACUAAUUAAAGCUAUGCUGUCACUGUCAAAGCCAGAAAAAACCCUAAGUCAGGAUACUGAAACCUUAGAUGUGAAUGCUAAUGAUUCUGUUAAUACAAUACAAGACUCAACCACUCCAUUGGAUUCCUCCCAAAUUCAUGAUGAACAAGAAGAAGAACUUAAGCGUUAUGGAUUUUGGAGUGAAGUUGCACAAUCUCUUCAUUUGCCUUCUUAUAGAUCUGCAUUUAUAUUUCUUGCACACAUUCCACUUGAUGUUGUAUAUGAGUUACUUCAAAUGCGACUGGAACAAAAACCCGCUAAUCCUUCAGUUCUAUGUAUCCGUCAGUUAAUGCGGGAACUGAAGGAAGGCCUGAGAAUGGCAGCUUUGCACAGGGAAAGGUACCUCUCUCUAAUUCGAACAACAUUAUGGGAUGUGGAUGAAGAAUUACUGAAGAAAUAUGAAGAUGUUUCUGGCUUUGAUAGCACAUGUGAUGCUGUCUUAAAUUUAUACCUAGAGUACUUGCAACAAUGGGUGCCAAUGGUUCAGCAUGAAAGAUUUCAUAAAAAUUUAUUAGAAGAAGAAUGGCAAUUUGUGAAGUCAACAUGUAUGAAUAUCCCUGGAGCUUCAACCUUAGUGGGCAAUGUGUUUUGCCACAUUGCCACAGGAAUGGUGGAAGCAAUUGAAAAUUAUUCCAAAACUAAAUUGAAAGAAGUGAUGGUCCACAAAGACCAAGAAAAUGGUCUUGAUGAGUCUUCCACAAAACAUGAUGUAAUGCUGAUCUGUCGGGAAUUUCAAACACUUUUUAAUGAAUUGCGACAGAAAUCAUACAAAGCUAUAUUCUUUAGCAGAACACUUGUGAAAGAUUUGGAACGUGACGAUUGUGAUGAAUCUUCGCUGGAUAGUUCGUUGAGAGAAGCAUUAGAAGAGUUGAAGUCGGCUGUUUUGGCAUUACGUUUUGAAGUUGCUAGUGCUUUGCAGUCUGUUGGAGUAGUUUUCAGAAACUGGAAUAUGGAUCAUGUUGAUGAUACAGAAAGACAGUCAUUGAAUGCUCGUUUUAGAGAAAUUUUGCAUUUGGGAUAUAAGUACUUAUUUGAGUUUCAUAGAGAGAUAUGCAGAGCUGUUACUGGAGAGGCAAGAACAAAGUUAUAUCAAGGCUACAUAAGUUUUGCUUAUCAGUGGAUGGAUUUUGUGAAAGAAUGGUGUGAACAAGGUCGAGGAAGCAAACCUAGAUGGGCUUGUCAAGGAACAGAGUUCCUUAUGUUUGUCACAGAUCCUAUCCACACCUGCCACUUGACAGAGGAAGAAUUUGAGAGCUUCCAGUCAGCUGUAGAGAAAUGUAUAGCUUAUGUUAUUGGCACUGCAUCCCCUACAAUUGAGAAAAGAACUUCGUCCCCUCAUAUAUUUCAUGGUGGACGUGGUUCCAUUGAAGGACAGAGACCAAAGUCACGUGCCUCUUCUCCAGCAUCUCGUACGAAAUCUCCUUCAUAUCGUACAUCACGAUCAAUGUUAGACACUGGUGUUUCAUCCACUGUUCCAAACACUCAGCGAUCACUGUCUGCUAAUCCUAGUUUUUCUAAUGACGUUGAUGUGACUGAUGAUGUGCAGGAUGGUUUUACGCUCACAGUCAAAAUACCACCUAAAGAUAAAAUUUCCAGAAUUGAGCGAGUGCGAUCUGCCAUAAAAAAUCUUGAAAAUGAUAUGAAUAAUAAGUUGUUGCAACAAGAGUUGAUAGGCUCAGUGACAGACAUUGGCUCAGAAGAUAGAAUUCACAUCAAGAGUAGAUGUGUUACCUUCAGUUGGCAAAGAGGAAUGAAAAUAGGUCAAGGACGUUUUGGUAAAGUUUAUACAGCAGUAAAUAAUGAAACCGGUGAAUUAUUAGCCAUGAAGGAAAUACAGUUGCAACCAAAUGAUCAUAGAACUAUUCGUAGAGUUGCAGAGGAAUUAAGGACAUUUGAAGGAAUUACUCAUCGAUCACUUGUUCGUUAUUAUGGUGUUGAAAUUCAUAGGGAGGAAAUGUUAAUAUUCAUGGAGUUUUGUGCAGAAGGUACUUUAGAAAGUCUUGUGGCAGCAACUGAGAGUAAUUCCUUAAAAUUAGGUGAUUUUGGAUCUGCUGUUAAAAUCAAAGCGCAUACAACACUUCCAGGUGAACUUCAAGGUUUUGUUGGAACACAAGCUUAUAUGGCUCCAGAAGUUUUUAUGAAGACUAAUACAGAAGGUCAUGGACGAACUGCAGAUAUAUGGUCAGUUGGUUGUGUUGUAGUUGAGAUGGCUUCCGGCAAGAGGCCAUGGGCUGAAUAUGAUUCCAAUUAUCAGAUAAUGUUUAAGGUGGGCAUGGGGGAAACCCCCCAUGCUCCUCCUACGUUAAGUGAAGAGGGUCAUCAGUUCCUGGAUUUGUGCUUGCAACAUGAUCCUCGUGAAAGAGCAUCAGCUCACAGUCUUCUUUUGCACAGCUUUGUAAAGGUAGAUAGUGAUGAUGACUAUUCAUCUACGCUUCCAUCAGUGUUGGAAGAUUCUUUGAAGUUAUCUUCGAUAAAAUGCAUUGUUCAUCUUACAAAAUAUUUAAGAAAAUUAACUCUCUAUGUCUUCCACAACGAAGUGCGUGCCUCCAUGCCUGUAAAAUUUGUGGGGAAAUUUUUACGAUUUUUAAGUUAUACUGUCAGCAUUUGUAUUAAUAUUAAUGUAAAUUUUCUGUAUAAAGUGUAG